AUGAAGAAUCCGCGGCGGGCUUGGAUUAAGCUUGGAUUGGCUGUAACAAAAGCAGAUUUCUGCCGUGCUGUUAACGGGUGUGUUGUUCUUCUCCACGCAGGAAUCUUUGCCUACCUGAACUACCAUGUUCCCCGGACGAGGCGGGAGAUCCUGGAGACCCUCAUCAAAGGGCUCCAGCGGCUGGAGUACCGGGGAUAUGAUUCUGCAGGUGUGGGAAUUGAUGGAGGAAACGACAAAGACUGGGAAGCUAAUGCUUGUAAAAUCCAGCUCAUCAAGCAGAAAGGGAAGGUGAAGGCCCUGGAUGAAGAGGUUCACAAGCAGCAGGAUAUGGAUCUUGACAUCGAGUUUGAUGUACAUCUUGGAAUUGCACACACCCGUUGGGCUACCCACGGGGAGCCCAAUCCCAUCAACAGCCACCCGCAGCGCUCGGAUAAAAACAACGAAUUCAUCGUCAUCCACAACGGCAUCAUAACCAACUACAAGGACCUGCGGAAAUUCCUGGAAAGCAAAGGAUAUGAUUUUGAGUCCGAGACCGACACAGAAAGUAUCGCAAAGCUGGUCAAAUAUAUGUACGAUAAUCGUGAAAGUGAUGACAUCAGCUUCACCACCCUUGUGGAGAGGGUUAUCCAGCAACUGGAAGGUGCUUUUGCCCUCGUGUUCAAAAGUGUUCAUUAUCCGGGUCAAGCAGUUGGUACCAGGCGAGGCAGCCCCCUGCUCAUCGGCGUGCGCAGCGAGCACAAGCUCUCCACGGACCACAUCCCCAUCCUGUACAGGACAGCUGGGCAAUCUAUGGAUCAUUCUUUUGAUGGAAUAUCCAUAAAAAUGGAGGAAGGGAAAGACAAGAAGGGAAGUUGCAACCUGUCCCGUGUUGACAGCACCACCUGCCUCUUCCCCGUCGAGGAGAAGGCCGUGGAGUACUACUUCACUUCCGACGCCAGUGCUGUCAUUGAGCACACCAACAGGGUGAUCUUCCUCGAAGACGAUGACGUAGCCGCCGUGGUGGACGGACGUCUCUCCAUCCACCGGAUCAAGCGCACGGCGGGCGAUCACCCCGGCCGGGCCGUGCAGACCCUGCAGAUGGAGCUGCAGCAGAUCAUGAAGGGUAACUUCAGUUCAUUUAUGCAGAAGGAAAUCUUUGAGCAGCCGGAAUCUGUCGUCAAUACAAUGAGAGGAAGGGUCAAUUUUGACGACUACACUGUCAAUCUCGGUGGGUUGAAGGAUCACAUUAAGGAGAUUCAGAGGUGUCGCCGCUUAAUCCUUAUUGCCUGUGGGACAAGCUACCAUGCCGGAGUCGCGACUCGUCAGGUCCUGGAAGAACUGACAGAAUUGCCUGUUAUGGUGGAACUAGCCAGUGACUUCCUGGACAGAAACACUCCUGUCUUCAGAGAUGAUGUUUGCUUCUUCAUCAGCCAGUCAG